UGUGUAGCGGGGUUGUAGAGACUGACUGGAUUUAAGUGGGCUGUGGUCACGUCCUGAACACUUUUAUCGCGAGAACUGAGCCGUUGUAUAAAUCCCCAAUCGAGCUCGUCGCCUCCUGCACUCCGCUCUCCUCCUGCGUCUGUUAGUGUGGUCAAAGUCAAGACUGAAAAUGGCAGCAGGCAAUGCACAAAUUGGAAAACUGGCCCCAGACUUCACAGCCAAAGCAGUGAUGCCAGAUGGACAGUUCCAGGAUCUGAAGCUGUCAGACUACAGAGGGAAAUAUGUCGUCUUUUUCUUCUACCCACUGGACUUCACCUUUGUUUGUCCAACUGAGAUCAUCGCUUUCAGUGAUGCAGCUGACGACUUCAGGAAAAUUGGCUGUGAGGUCAUCGCCGCCUCUGUUGACUCACACUUCUCCCAUUUCGCAUGGACCAACACACCACGAAAGCAGGGUGGACUGGGUGCCAUGAAGAUUCCCCUGGUAUCUGACACACGGCGCACCAUCUCCACAGAUUAUGGUGUCCUGAAGGACGAUGAGGGUAUUGCCUACAGAGGUCUGUUCAUCAUUGACGACAAGGGCAUCCUGAGACAGAUCACCAUCAAUGACCUCCCAGUCGGACGGUCUGUUGAGGAGACCUUGCGUUUGGUCCAGGCCUUUCAGUUCACUGACAAGCACGGAGAAGUCUGCCCAGCCGGCUGGAAACCAGGAAGUGACACCAUCAAACCUGACGUCCAGAAGAGCAAAGACUUCUUCUCCAAGCAGUAAUAAGCUCAAGGCCAGAGUCUGCUGUCUGCUGUAGGAGAUUUCAUUUAGAGAUUACAUUUCCCAGAGAACAAUAUUUAAAUCAACCGCUGUGCCUGUGGAGGAGUGGUUUUGUAGUUUUGAUCAUGUGUGUGUUCUGUUGUCUAUAGAGCAAAUAGUGCACUUGUGACCAAAGUAUAUGAUUGUGUAAUUAUGUUGUGGUAAUGUACACUAUUUUCCCUGUCUGACUCCCUGUUUGUGCUUUCAAGUCAUUCCUUACCAUUGUUAGAUUUUUACUGGAAAGAAGCCACAAAAAACCUUUCACAAUUAUCUCUAACUUUUUUUUUUUUUUUUUACAGUGCACAAUAAAUGUUCAAUAAAGAAUAUUGUGUAUAACA